ACCAGGAGCCCCGUGGCACAGCCCGUUUCGUUAACACAUCGUUUGACUCAACGACCAAAUUUACUAAAGAAAGAAAACGGAAGAGAAGUAACUGCUCAGCGUCUCGGAGCUCUCCUCUCCUUGCUCACUCACUUCUCUUGCCGCUCGGACUUAGGGUGUCGACUGUUAUCUUUCACAUUGAUCUAUCUCUGAUUCCGUUUUGCACUCAAAAUAAUGUCCAACUUCUCUUACCAGAUCAGAGCAUCCUUGUCUCUGAUCAAACGCCUAAAACAAAGAUUUAUGAAUCCAGCUGCUCUAACGCAGACUGCUAGAUCUAUCACUACAACCGAGGGCCACCGUCCCACUAUUGUGCACAAGCGAAGCCUUGAUAUUCUUCAUGAUCCUUGGUUCAACAAGGGAACAUCGUUUUCUAUAACGGAACGAGAUCGUCUUGAUCUUCGGGGACUUCUUCCUCCCAAUGUUAUGUCUUCUGAGCAACAAAUUGAACGGUUCAUGGCUGACUUGAAGAGGCUUGAAGUGCAUGCUAGAGAUGGACCUUCUGAUCCAAAUGCUUUGGCCAAGUGGCGCAUACUUAAUAGGUUGCAUGACAGAAAUGAAACAAUGUACUAUAAGGUUCUGAUUGCCAAUAUCGAGGAAUAUGCACCCAUCGUAUAUACUCCCACUGUGGGUCUUGUUUGCCAAAAUUACAGUGGUUUAUUUAGAAGGCCAAGAGGAAUGUAUUUCAGUGCUGAGGAUCGUGGAGAAAUGAUGUCCAUGGUUUAUAACUGGCCAGCUGAGCAGGUUGAUAUGAUUGUUGUUACGGAUGGAAGUAGGAUACUAGGUCUUGGAGAUCUUGGAGUCCAGGGGAUUGGAAUUGCAAUUGGGAAGCUGGAUUUAUAUGUUGCUGCUGCUGGGAUAAAUCCUCAAAGGGUGCUUCCUGUCAUGAUUGAUGUUGGAACCAACAAUGAGAAGCUGCUCAAAGACCCCUUGUAUUUGGGAUUGCAAGAACACCGUCUUGAUGGCGAUGAGUAUGUUGCAGUAAUUGAUGAAUUCAUGGAGGCAGUGUUUACUCGUUGGCCACAAGUGAUUGUGCAGUUUGAGGAUUUUCAAAGCAAGUGGGCGUUCAAGCUAUUGCAGCGCUACAGGAAUACCUACAGAAUGUUCAAUGAUGAUGUCCAGGGUACAGCAGGGGUUGCAAUUGCUGGCCUUCUAGGAGCUGUAAGGGCACAAGGCAGGCCAAUGAUUGAUUUUCCCAAACAAAAGAUUGUUGUUGCUGGUGCUGGAAGUGCUGGAAUAGGGGUUCUUAAUGCCGCAAGGAAAACAAUGGCCAGGAUGUUGGGAAAUAAUGAAUCUGCAUUCAAAAGUGCAUUGAGUCAGUUCUGGGUAGUUGAUGCUAAGGGUCUGAUCACAGAGGAACGUGAAAAUAUUGACCCAGAAGCCCUGCCAUUUGCAAGGAAGAUCAAAGAAGCUAAUCGUCAAGGAUUAAGGGAGGGUGCAAGCCUUGCAGAAGUGGUGCGGGAAGUGAAGCCUGAUGUUCUUCUUGGAUUAUCUGCAGUUGGAGGAUUGUUCUCAAAAGAGGUAUUAGAGGCCCUCAAAGGUUCAACUUCAACUAGACCAGCAAUCUUUGCCAUGUCAAACCCUACAAAAAAUGCUGAAUGCACUCCUGAAGAAGCAUUUUCUAUUGUGGGUGACAAUGUUAUAUUUGCAAGUGGAAGUCCUUUCAAAGAUGUGGAUCUUGGAAAUGGUCAUGUUGGCCACUGUAACCAGGGAAACAACAUGUAUCUCUUUCCAGGUAUCGGGCUUGGGACGCUUCUCUCUGGCUCUAGGAUCAUCUCUGAUGGCAUGCUACAGGCUGCAGCUGAAUGCCUAGCUGCAUAUAUGACAGAAGAUGAGGUUCUGCAAGGGAUCAUAUACCCUUCAACAUCUAGGAUACGAGAUAUAACAAAGCAGGUAGCUGCAGCUGUUGUGAAGGAAGCCAUAGAAGAGGAUCUUGCAGAAGGAUAUCGUGAGAUGGAUGCUCGAGAGCUUCGAAAACUUAACGAGGAGGAAAUCCUAGAAUUUGUGAAAAACAACAUGUGGAGUCCAGAGUACCCAACGUUGGUCUAUAAGAAGGAUUGAGCAUAAGUCUCCCAUAACAUUCGUCAUGAUUCUGCUUUGCAAUGCAUUAAUGAGGAUUGCUGUAUGUAUUCAUUCUGUCAAAAGUUGGCAUCAAUAAGUUCGUUUCAAGUUUCUAUAUUUUUUGUCAUUGGCGUAUGUCCGUAGAUCUUAAAUAUGUAUAUUGUAAGUAAAUAUUUCUCAAAUUGCUGCAUUCAACCCUUUCUCCAA